CGAAGCCUCGGAGCUGCUGAACUUCAUCUGCCACAAUUUGACAUCCAGCGUAAUCCUAGGCCCACAAGACAGUGGGAUUAUGGGAGUUGAAGUCCAUCUUUCCGGAAUCUGUCAAUUAUUAUUUUUUUAGCAGAAUUGCUUGGACAGGUUGUGGGGUGACCUGCUCCGCCCUCAUCUCAGAUCUUGCCAUCUGCUAACGCUGCUCCUUUCUGUUCCUUUUGGGUAAGAGCAGCAUGAGCUUAAGAGCCUGUGGCCUGAUUAUCUUCCGAAGGUUACCCAAGGCACGUGCUACUGCAGCUACGGACGGCCACAUCGAGUACCUUCUUCUGCAAACCUCAUACGGCAUCCAUCACUGGACACCCCCGAAAGGCCACGUAGACCCCGGGGAAGAUGACCUGCGCACGGCCCUGCGAGAGACCCAGGAAGAGGCUGGGCUGGCCUCCACCCAGUUCACCAUCCAGGAAGGUUUUAAGAAGGAACUGAAUUACGUGGUCAGAGGCAAACCCAAAACCGUGGUCUACUGGCUGGCCGAGCUGAAGGACCAGGACACGGAGAUCAAGCUCUCUUCAGAGCAUCGGGCCUUCCGCUGGCUGAGCCUUAGCGAGGCCUGCAGGCUUGCAGAAUACGAGGACAUGCAAAGCACCCUCAGAGAAGCUCAUCUCUUUCUCUCCACCAAAGAAUAAAUUUCCUUUUGUGCGAUG